GAGCACGGCGCUCAAGCACUUCCGCAAAGAUGGCGGCGGCUGCGGGGAGAAGCGCUCGGCUGGCGGCUUGGGGCGGCAGGCUGCGGCGCGUGCUCGCGGCCGGACGACAAGCCGUCCCGCGUGCCGGCCCCGUGGCAGCGGCUGUGGCCGGCGUGGCCCUGGCAGGGGCAGGAGCGACGUGGCACCACGGCCGCGUGAAAGCCGCUGCGCGCGAGGGCAGCCUGACGGUGCUGGCGCAGAAAAAUGACGUGGGAUCAGUAGAGAAACUUUCUCUACGUAAACAGCGGUUCAUGCAGUUUUCAUCCCUGGAGCAUGAGGGAGAAUAUUACAUGACACCCCGAGACUUCCUCUUUUCAGUAAUGUUUGAGCAAGUGGAGCGUAAAACACUAGUGAAGAAGCUGGCGAGGAAGGAUAUCGAGGAUGUACUAUCAGGAAUCAAAAUAGCACGCUGUGGAUCAACUUUUUUUAGAGACCUGGGUGAUAAAGGGCUAAUUUCGUAUACCGAGUAUCUUUUCUUACUUACAAUCCUCACGAAACCUCACACUGGAUUCCAUGUCGCUUUUAAAAUGCUAGAUGCGGAUGGUAAUGAGAUGAUUGAAAGAAAGGAGUUUGUUAAGUUGCAGAAGAUCAUAAGUAAGCAAGAUGACUUCAAGACAGUGAAGACGAAUGAGGCCGAAUCCCAGGAACCAGCAGUGAAAGAGUCUGGAAUUAACACAACCCUUCAAGUGCGUUUCUUUGGGAAAAGAGGAGAAAAAAAACUUCAUUAUAAAGAAUUUCGAAGAUUUAUGGAAAACUUACAAACUGAAGUUCAAGAAAUGGAAUUCCUUCAGUUUUCUAAGGGUCUGAACUUCAUGAGGAAGGAAGAUUUUGCAGAGUGGCUCCUUUUCUUCACUAACACUGAAAAUAAAGACAUCUACUGGAAAAACGUGAAAGAAAAGUUGUCGGUAGGAGAGAGCAUUAGUUUGGAUGAGUUCAAGUCAUUUUGCCAUUUUACAACGCAUUUGGAAGACUUUGCUAUCGCCAUGCAAAUGUUUAGCUUAGCUCAUCGCCCCGUGAGACUGGCGGAGUUUAAGAGAGCUGUGAAAGUAGCCACUGGACAGGAGCUCUCAAACAAUAUCUUGGACACCGUCUUCAAGAUCUUUGACUUGGACGGCGAUGAGUGCCUCAGCCAUGGGGAGUUUCUUGGAGUAUUAAAAAACAGGAUGCAUCGAGGUUUAUGGGUGUCGCAGCAGCAGAGUGUGCAAGAGUACUGGAAGUGCGUGAAGAAGGAGAGCAUUAAGGGAGUCAAGGAAGCCUGGAAACAAGCUUUUUAAGAAAAAGAUGUGUAGCAAUUACAUUGCUUGAAGUGCCAGAAUUUGUGACAUUUUUUUCAAAGAAUUAAUUUUCUCUAAAUCUUUAUUGAGUUGUGUUGUAAUGUAAAAAUGCCAUGUACUCAUUUUCUGGUUCAGGGAUUGAGGCGGGGGGCAGGGGGUAAAAUGUAUGCUACAGUGCGCAUGUGGAAGUCAGAGUCUAGCCUGUGGGAGUCAGUUCUCUCCUACUAUGGGAGUCCCAGAGAUUGAACUUGGGUCAUGAGCUUUGACAUCAAGUGCUCUUACCUAAUAAGCCCUCUAGCCAGCUCUGACUCAGUAAUUGCUUGGUAAAUUUUCAUUAAAGAAUAUAAUAAAAAGAACAGAAAGUAUUCCUUUACAGAAACACACACUACAUUGUCAGAGGCCUGUAUGCAGAGUGAUGCUUUGGUAAGCUGGAGGCCGAGACCUGUAAUAAGAGCGGUGGGCUUCGUUCUUGCCUGGCUCCUGGCAGCCUGGCUAGCCUAUACCCCAAAAUAAUUACAUGGGAACUAUAUUCUUUUAAACACUGCCUUGGCCCAUUAGCUCUAGCCUCUU